GCGGCGCAGUGUCUCGGCGGCGGCGGGAUGAACGGGACGGGCCGGGGGUCGUGCGAACGCGGCGGAGCUCUGCCGGCGGGGGCCCGGCCCCUGGUCAGCGCCCUGAUGUUCUCCGCCGGGCUCCUGGGCAAUCUCCUGGCGCUGGGGUUGUUGUUGCGCUGCCGGCGAGGUUCCCGCGGCCGCCCGCCUUCCCUUUUCCACGUCCUGGUGCUGGCCCUGGUGGUCACCGAUCUGCUGGGCACCUGCUCCGUCAGCCCCUUCGUCCUGGCUUCCUACCACCGCAACCGCACCCUGACCGCCCUCGCCCAAGGAGGACGCAUCUGCCUCUACUUCGGCUUCGCCAUGAGCUUCUUCGGCCUCGCCACCAUGCUCAUCCUCUUCGCCAUGGCGCUGGAGCGAUGCCUGGCCCUGGGGCGGCCUUACUUCUACGAGCGCUUUCUCAGCCCCCGCGCAGGCUUGGUCGCCCUGCCCGCCGUCUACACCUUCUCCGCGGCCUUCUGCUCCUUGCCGCUGGUGGGCUUCGGGCGGUACGUGCAGUAUUGCCCCGGCACCUGGUGCUUCAUCCAGAUGCACCUGGACUACCUCCGGCACAACGGCGGCGGGGAGGCGUCCGGGUCGGACGUCACCUUCUCGCUUCUCUACGCCACCCUGCUCCUCUUCCUCAUCCUCUCCGUGCUGCUCUGCAACCUCAGCGUCAUCGCCAACCUGGCCCGCAUGCACCGCCGCGGGCAGAAGACCCGCCGGCUGGCCACGCUCGAGCAGCCCCGGGCGGCCGGCAGCUGCGGCCGGCGCAUGUUGUCCAUGGCCGAGGAGAUCGACCAUCUCCUCCUCCUCUCCAUCAUGACCAUCACCUUCGUCAUCUGCUCCCUGCCGUUCACGAUCCGCGCCUACGUGAACAAGUUCAGCGACGCGGAGGACAACCACAGCUGGGACCUCCUAGCCCUGAGAUUCCUCUCCAUUAAUUCCAUCGUCGACCCUUGGGUCUUCGCCAUCCUCAGGCCGCCGGUCCUGCGGUUCAUGCGCUCGGUGCUGUGCUGCCAGGUGACCCCCGCGAGCCAGGACAGACUGACUCCGUCCCCCGCAAAGACAAAACUGGCAGCACGGCUGGACCCCGGUGGGCAGUAGAUCCAUCGGCCAUUCCAGGAGACAUCUGCCAGGCGAAGCACAGCCCUGACAGAUGUUAACGAAGCUCUGCCUUACGGCCCAUAAAGAGACGUAUCUGCUGCAGGGUGGGCCAGGUACGGGUGGCCCGGCCGGGUGUCACCACGUGUCUGGGAAGCCCUUGGAAAGCCAGUGCGGUCUCUCACAGGGCAAAAAAAUACGGUGGGACAAGAUCGGAAGGGCUGAUGAGUACCUGGAUAUCGCUGUCGCCCUUAGACGGGGCUGCUCCCGCCCGGCGAAGGGUGCAGGCUGCGUUCAGCGGGACAGUCGGGGGGGGUGAAGCAUGGGGGGCUUUGCUAUAACACUACUGCUGGGGGGGGGGUGUCGGGGAGCAGAGCUUCCUGCUGGUGUGCUUGCCAGCAAGGUCCCCACGGUCGUUUCGGGCUGAAGGCAGUGUGCGGGCAGGGGUACGGGUCCUGGAGAUGGGGCUGGGUGGCCACCGUUGCUGCAAGCACCCGUCUCUGCCCCCAGGUCCCUAGGGAUCGGGUAGGAGAAGAAGGGAGCAGUGUAUCCCCGAAUAUUCCCCUUUAUUCGGUAGGCUGGUUGCCUAAGGAAAUGCACUUUAUCAGGUCUGUGUGCAUGUGUCUGUCUGUCCCCCGCUCCAGGGAUUUUAGGCUCCGGUGGGUGCCGGCCCACCACGUCUGAGGGGCACUGGGCAGAAAAAAAAGCCAAAUUGUGGCACUUCCCUAGUGCUGUGACGGCAGCAGAGCUGCGUGGCCCCUCCUGAGCACCCAUUUUUGCAAUUUUCUUUGCCCUGUAGUUUGCGCGGGAGCUGACAAGGGGAAUAAAGAGUCCGACCAGGGAACGAGAGGUUUCGGUCACAGCCGUGCACUUUACCCACAUGCAGGGUGAUGCUGCUGAUGGGUUUUGGGUUGGCACGGAGGAGGGCUCAUCCUCCCGGGCUGCCUGGCAAAGUGGUCUCAACUGCCCUCCCACCGGCUUGGGACAAACCUGCUCAGGGACAUCACGUCUCUAGAGGUUUAAUUUAAAAAAAACCCCAACACCCAAAACCCAACGAAACCAAAAAACCCAAGUGCAGAAACAUCCAGGUCACCAAUCCUGCCCCGUCGGGCAGCAUCCUUCAGCGACGCUAUUUUGUUUCGUGGGAUGCCUGUUGCUUUUUGGGGCUCCAGGUUGGUCCCCACCGGGGUGAGGAGCAUCCGACCCCGUGGGCGAGCUGGGUUUGUCCCGAGGCCAUCGCCGCCGUUCGGAGUUGCUGGGGGGGGUUUCGUGGCUCCCGUUCGUGCAGCGUCCGACACGCACAGUGUCGUGGUGCUGUUGCCAGCGGGGCGUCUCGUUGUCCGCUUGAGAGCCGUAGCUCUGCUCAGAAAGCCCAAAGGUGCCGAGAUUUGGAGCUUUUCUGCGGUUCGUUAGUCGAGGUGAUGUAGAAAAAAAAAUGUGUUAUUUAAAUAAUAAAUGUCUCGCAAAAGAG